UUUAGUAUACAGGCACUUUGAACCUGUCAACAGUUGCUGCGCCGAGCGCUUAUAAAGAUGGCGAGGAGGCUCAUUCGGCUGCAUCAGUCUUCGCCAAGCGACCACAAGCAACACACUACUUACUACCAGACCAGAGGUCCCAGCUUGUUGGGUGACCAUGCGAACGCCGGCGAGCCUCAUCCACUCCAGCACCACCGCUGCUGCUGCCGCGGCAGCUCCGGUGUCUUCGUCCACGACGACGAUGAUCUCCAUCGACUCCAACAUGGUGGUCAUCCUAGCAUCCCUACUCUGCGCGCUCGUCUGCCUCUCUGGCCUCGCCAUCGUCACGCGCUGCGCCUGCCGACGAGGUCGCCGCCACCCACCGCUGGCUGGCAUCAUCGCCAACAACAGCUUGGCGCCUCUGCCGCCUCCAGCCAGAGGACUGAAGAAGAAGGCCAUCGACGCGCUCCCCGUCGUCACCACCAAAGGCCGCCAUGGCCAGGAGGAGGAGGAUGAUCAAUGCGCCAUCUGCCUUGCCGAUUUCGCCAAGGAGGAGGAGGAGCUCAUCCGGGUGCUGCCGGGCUGCGGCCAUGGCUUCCACGUCGCCUGCAUCGACACCUGGCUCCGGGCACACGCGACGUGCCCUUCCUGCCGCGCAACCAUCACCGAUGAGACCGAAUCAUCGUCGCCGCCAAGGCCACUCCCGGGCCGGUGCCGGAGAUGCGGAGCCGCCUGCAGCCAAGACGAUGACAACGUAGCUGCACAUACGGAGCCACCUGCUGCUACUGCUUCCAGGGACGAGACCAGCUUCCUGCCAUAGCUAUUGACUAUUGUUGGUUUGGUGAAAUAAUUAGAUGAAAUGGCUUAUGUAAAUUAAUUAGUUGGUUCUGAAUCAUCCUUGGAACUCCAAAACAUAUAAGUUUCCGAAAAUGGUAUGCUUUUUGACAUAUAUAUAACUCGUAUUUUGUUAAUCAUAUUGGUGAUGUA